CCGAACCAUUUUAGCUGCCGUGCAACUUCUGAAGACGCGGAUGUAGUGUUGUUAGUUGUGUUGUUUGUACCGUUAUGCAGUGCAGCUGGUCUUACUUAGGUCCGCUCCAGUGGACAAGUUACGUCAACAAACACGUCAAGGUUACGGCGGGAAAAGACGACGAGUUCGAUGGCUGGCUGCUGACUGUGGACCCCGUGUCUGCCAGCCUAGUCCUGGUGAAGUUCAACACGGCCGGAAGGGCCAGCGUGCAGGUCGUGAUGGGUCAUGCGGUGCAGCAGGUGGAGGUUCUUCAGGAAGCGGACCAGACCACUGCCGAGCAUCUGCAGUCGCUCUUCCUACCUCCGCAACCCGGCGGUCUGGAGCCCCAGGAGCGUCUGCGUCGCCGCUCAAGAGUGCGGCAGUGGUUGGAGAAGAAUCGCAUCCCCGUGGAGGAACAGGGGGAGGAGCUUAAAGUAGCGGGGGCGUUAACAAUCGCCUCACCUUAUGGAUGUGACGACUGCAGCAGCUCUAAUGAGAUCAUCCUAGACCGCAUCCAAAAACUGUUGCGCCACCUGGACGAGGACUAAAGCAUUACAGGAGGAAGUGGCCGCAGCUGCUGUCCUUUACAAAAUAAGAGUAAAGUUUCCACAAGUAUGUCAAGCUGUCAAUGUGUUUUUAUGGCAACAAAACCUUUUAUUUUGAAAGGGAUAUUUCAGCAGUCCUGGUUGAAGAGACUGAAAUGACAAACGAGAGGGUUGGUUGGUUUCAAGGCACCUCAUUAAGAGCCGAUGAUGAUGAUGAUGUUGACGAUGUAGCGCUACCGGUGAAACACGGUAAAGCGGUUCUAAACUGGUUCUAAACGGGUUCUAAACUGGUGUGAACACAAUCACGUUCAUGUUUGUGCCAGUGGGAAUGCAAAGUGGAGCACAAGCACCAGCGAGUCCCCCAUCCUCAGUGAGACGGAUCAAGUUUUAUUCCCU